AUCACUAAGUUCUGUUUCCUGUACUGAAAUGGAAGCGUCACUGGCUCGCCUCCCAGUUGAAGCAAGAUACUAUUUGAGACGGAUCUGAUCCGAAACAGAAGACUUGAAAUGGAAUAAAGAAAGAAACAGCAGCCACUCCACGUAAGCAAAGAGAAAUAAUAAAGAGUGAGAGCGGAUCAGCCUUACUCAAAGGAAGUUUCUGAGAUGGAAGCAGCUCACAUCAGCCCAGAGCUUCCUAUUCGAUGGGUUGUUUCUGCAGACAGGACUGUUGAGAUCAAGGAGGAAGUGACUGAGCUGGGGUGUGACCAGGCCAAUGAGCGGAUCCUGCAGGAGGAAACGCCACCUUCUAGCAUCACUGAGAGAGCUGCUAAAGGAAAUCUCACAGGAUGGACUCCAUUUCCCUGUGCUGAUUGUGGGAAGAGAUUCAGUCGUUUAUCAGACCUUAAAAAACACCAGCGCUUUCACACAGGAGAGAAACCUCAUCAGUGCACUGAGUGUGGGAAGAGUUUCAAACAAUUAGAAAGUCUUGAGUCACACCAGCGCAUUCACACAGAAGAUCAACCUUAUCACUGUGCUGAAUGUAAUAAGAGAUUCAGUUGUUUAUCAGGCCUUAAAAAACACCAACACAGUCACACAGGAAAGAAACCUCAUCACUGCAUGGACUGUGGGAAGAGAUUCAGUUAUUUAUCACAGCUUAAAAUCCACCAGCGCAGUCACACAGGAGAGAACUUCCAUCACUGCACUGAGUGUGGAAGGAGUUUCACACGAUUAGAAAGUCUUCAGUCGCACCAGCGCAUUCACACAGGAGAGAAACCUUAUCACUGCUCUGAGUGUGGGAAAAGAUUCACACAGUUAGGAGGUCUUCGAUCACACCAGCGCAGUCACACAGGAGAGAAACCUUAUCACUGCACUGAGUGUGGAAGGAGUUUCACACGAGUAGGAAGUCUUCAAUCACACCAGCGCAUUCACACAGGAGAUAAACCUUAUCACUGCUCUGAAUGUGGCAAGAGUUUCACAUAUUUAAGUUCCUUUAAAAUCCACCAGCGGUCUCACCAAAAAGAUCAAUAUUAUCAAUGUAGUGAAUGUCAGAAAAGUUUCAGUCACUUAUCAAGCUUUAAAAGACACCAUGAAAUUCACACAAGAGUGAAGCCCUACCCCUGAUCUGGAUGUGGGAAGAAGUUCAUUCAGUUACAGGGUCUUGAAGGACACGAGAGAAUUCAUAUAAUUUUUGACACUUGAAAACACAUUAACACCAGGAGUAAAUCUGACUGAAAUACCGAGAUAUUUGCUGAAAAUGAAAGAAUAAAGUUUCUUGAUAAAUAGGGUUCUAACCUUGUCUGGUGCACUCCACAUAUUGGGAACUCCUGGUCUCCAUAUUGCUGAUCUAUAACCCAGAGAUCAUUGAUAUAAUAUUUUCUGAUGCCAAAGCCCAAGUCAUGUGGGGGACACUGCUGCUGUACCCUUGAGCAAGGUACUUUACCUAGAUUGCUCCAGUAAAAACCCAACUGUAUAAAUGGGGAAUUGUAUGUAAAAAUAAUAUGUAAAAAAAAUAAUGUAAUUGUAUGUAAAAAUAAAGUGAUAAGGGCGUCUGCUAAGAAAUUAAU